UCAAAUGAGCCGACUGUUGAAAAUAGGAAUCGGUGGGUUAAUUUCCACCGCCAUUCCACAGGCCCACACUGCUUUACAUGAUAACAACCUGCUGGUGUUUAUGUUUAUGUUAGGACUCCCCGUGUUCAUGGACGUACCCUACCUUAAAGGUGAUUGGUAUAGAUUGCGGAAGUGUUCUUGCGCCUGCGCAGUGAAACGGAGACAGACCUUUGCGCGCGAAGGAGAUGCGUUGAGGGAUUUCAGCAUGCGUACGCAUUGGUUGCUGUGACGCGAGAAAUUCGGCCGCCAUCUUGAAGUGGUGAUGAGGAGCCGGCGAGCAGCCUAAACUGACAGUUGACAGCUGGUCGAUAGCGGCAGAGAUAGCUUCGGCACCGGCGGAAGAGGAGGCGGAAGCAGCACAUUCGGAGGCCCGGUAGCGGCUCCCCUCGGACCGAAGGCGAGCCCGCAGAGGAGAGAGGAGGACUGCAGCACCAUGGACAGCUCAGAUAUGGAUGCCAAUUAUGGCGGAGGACUGUUGGAUAUGGUGAAGGGCGGAGCUGGAAAGUUCUUCAGUAACUUCAAAGACAACCUCAAGGACACGCUAAAAGACACUUCCACCAAGGUCAUGCAUCAGGUUGCUACGUACACGAAAGGGGAACUGGACAUUGCCUACAUCACGUCACGAAUCAUAGGUAAACAGAACCACAAGUUUGACAACUCCCUGCAUGAAGCAUCUUAUCUAGUGAUGACUUACCCAGCAGAGUCUGUGCAGAUUGGCUACCAAAACCACGUGGAAGACAUCCGAUCGUUCCUUGACAGUCGCCAUGCUGACCACUACACUGUCUUCAACCUGUCACAGCGCAACUACCGUGGCGCCAAAUUUUCCAACAGGGUUUCAGAGUGUAAUUGGCCUUCUCGCCAGGCUCCCAGCCUGCACAACCUGUUCGCCGUGUGUAAGAACAUGCACAACUGGCUCAAACAGAACCCCAAGAAUGUGUGUGUCAUCACCUGCUCGGAUGGCCGUGCUCUUUCAGGAGUGUUAGUUUGUGCCAUGUUUUGCUUCUGCCACCUCUUCAGUCAUCCAGUUCCUGCCAUGCACCUCCUCAGCGCCAAGAGACCAGGCUCGGGCCUGUGGCCUUCACACCGCAGGUACAUUGGCUAUGUCUGUAGCAUGGUGUCAGACAAGCCCAGUCUCCCCCACACAAAACCUCUGACGAUCAAGGCUCUCACCAUCAGCCCGGUUCCUUGUUUCAACAAGCAGCGCAGUGGCUGUCGGCCCUUCUGCGACGUCCUCAUUGGAGAGACCAAAAUCUUUACCACGGCGCAGGAGUAUGAGAGAAUGAGAGAGCACAGAAUUCAAGAAGGGAAAGUUGUCUUUCCUCUUGGCGUCAGCGUUCAAGGAGAUGUGGUUGUUUCGGUCUAUCACAUGCGGUCCACAAUUGGAGGACGUCUGCAAGCCAAGGUGUCCAACACACAAAUUUUCCAGAUCCAGUUCCACACUGGCUUCAUUUCCCCCGGAACGACCAUGUUAAAAUUUAACAAACCCGAGCUGGAUGCAUGUGACUCUCCAGAUAAGUACCCACAGCUAUUUCAUGUCAUACUGGACUUGGAGGUGGAAGGGCAAGACAAGCAGAAAGACCUGACACCACCUUGGGAGCAGUUCCCAUCCAAAGACCUGAGUGCCAAUGUGCUCUUCUCCUGCCAUCAGGAGCAUCAGGACGCACUCGCCAUUGCCGAGCCAAGCAGGCCGCACGGAGGCCCUGAUGGCCGAGGCCGUGGCGAGGAGAGCGAGCCCUCUGAUGAUGAGAUGCUUUCGCUCUCCAGUCAGCAAAGCAGCACCAGCACAGCCCUCCACAAACCGGAGCCGCCUGCUUCAAUGCCCACGGCCCCCGACACUUCGUCUGCGGAAGUGGAUCUUCUAGGUCUGGAUGGGGAGGAGGUCAAGCAGCCAUGUCCUCAGUCCCAGCCUCUAUCCUCUGCAGGUGCAACCACCGACCUCCUGGGGGACUUGUUUGGGGGUCCACCCCAGCCCACAAGCGGGCCUUCAUCUGCCCACUCCACCCCACAUAAAGUAGUGCCCUGCUCUGCCUCGCCUUGUCCUUCCCCUGCCCCACCAGUGUUUGACCCUUUUAAGACCGGUUCCAUGCCGAAGCCUCAGGAAAUGAUGGGUUCAUUCCUCGGACCAGGUAACAUGGGGCAGCCAGACCCCUUCCUGCAUGCUGCUCGCUCUCCAUCCCCCACCCUUCAGCCCACAAGCUUUGGUCGGAGUUCCCCAGUACAUACUGGCACCCCAGCUGUCAACAUUCAGCAGCAAAAUGUCAUGGGGGGUUGGGAAUGGAACAGAACCGUUACCACAAACACAGGAGGAGGAGGUUUGGGAAUGGGCAGUCGAUCAGCCACUACAAGCCCAACAAGUUCAGUCCACAACACACCCACCCAUCAAACCAAGCCAAAUACGCUGGACCCUUUUGCUGACAUAGGCAACCUCGGAGGAAGCCUUAGAGGAGGUUCUGGAUUCUCCAGCAAGCCCACAACACCAACUGGGACGACCCCUUCCUUUCCUCCCAUGGGUUCCCCGUCCCGGCCGCCUCCAUCUCCACAGCAUGCGCCAGGGUGGCAGCCCCAAUCAGGAGCGGGUUUCCCAUCAUGGCAGCCUAACGCUGGUGCUGGAGGAUGGCAAGCGCAAGGACAAAGCCCCACUCCACAGCCGAAGCCCAGCCCCAGCCAUACGCCCAUGUCUCACACUUCCCCACAGAACCGACCCAACUACAACAUUAGCUUCUCUCCGAUGGGGGGUGGGUCACCCAGUGCAGGGGCUAAAGCACAGACAGGAAUUGGCCCUAAUAAGCCCAAGGCCUCUGAUACCAACUUUGAUGACCUGCUGUCUGGUCAAGGCUUUGCAGGGGCCAAAGACAAGAAAGGACCUAGGACUAUAGCAGAAAUGAGAAAGGAGGAAAUGGCCAAAGAGAUGGACCCUGAGAAAAUAAAGAUUCUGGAUUGGAUUGAGGGGAAGGAGCGGAACAUCCGAGCCCUCCUUUCCACUAUGCAUACAGUGUUGUGGGAAGGAGAAACACGUUGGAAGCCUGUAAGCAUGGCUGACCUGGUCACUCCAGAUCAGGUCAAAAAGGUCUACCGCAAAGCCGUCCUCGUCGUGCACCCAGAUAAGGCAACAGGACAGCCCUAUGAACAAUACGCCAAGAUGAUUUUCAUGGAACUAAAUGACGCCUGGUCUGAAUUUGAAAGUCAAGGACAAAAAGCUCUCUACUGAAAAGAGAAGCCAGCGAUGAGAAGACCCCGACAUGUCACCACUCUGGUCAACAUUCUUACAGCCAUGUUGAGACGGCAGCGUCCGGACCAACUGAGUAUAGCCUCUUACUGUAUGUUUUGGUGCAAUAUCUUCAUUCUUCCUCCUUGUGGCUCUGAACAAACUCACCCGUCAAAGCACACGCAAUGGGACGUCUGGGGGUGAUUCGAAGUGAAGACAUCAAUCCAGAAGAAGACACACAAGAUAAUAUAAGAGAAAAACGCAUGAAUGAACUGAACAAGAAUAAGAGAUCAAGUUAGCUGCUGGGGACUUAGUACCAUGUGUGCUACAUUCUCCUUAUUCAGUUAUUAUUGACUCUCAAGCCAACGUUUCCCAUCUUUAAAUUGACUGUAUGAGUUGACAAAAAAAGAAAAUAGUACAAUAACAUCAGGUCAAUAAGUCCACAAUUUGACAUCAUUUUAACAUAUACACCUAAGCAUUGUGCUUUUACAUGUUGGCUUUAAAAGAUGAACAAAUCCUGAGAGCCAACGUCCUUUGCAGUUAAUAUUUGUGUUUUGCAUUUUUUUUCAAAACUUUUGACAAAAGAAAUAGACCAAAAACAAAUGUCUACUGCAGAGGAUGCUGGUUCUUGGGAGGACACACAAGAAGCACCUUGAGGCCUCAUUCUGUAUAAUAAUUAACAUAAUUAAAUAGAUUUUCAAGGGUACCUAAGGAAAUGUUUGGUUAAGCACAAAUCUGAAUCAGUGCAGUCGGGAUGAAUAUUUUACAAUUACUCCCGAUUCGAUUAGAUUCAAAUUCUUGGCGUGAGAAUUUCAUUCCAAAUUGACGAUUCAAACCAUUACUUGCAAUAUAUUAUUUGUUUUCAGGAUUAUAAUAAAAUAUUUUAAAAAGAGGUUCCGAAAGCUCCUAUUGGCUGCUUGAUGUUUGACAAUGAGUAAGCACGGAGCUGGCCUAAAAAAACCUUUUGAGAAAUAUAUUAUUAAAAUAAUAAUUAAACAUGUGAUUGUUUAAAAUAAAAAAUCGUUUUAAAAUCAAAAUAAACACAAAUCUUGAUUCUGAUGUAAAUCGAUUUUUUUAAGCAUACAAACUGUGCAGCUCUUAAGAAAGGCCUUUAUUCAUUCAUAAAUUCAUUUUAUUCACCACUAAUUUAACUGCUGCUUCGGCCAUACUUGCCAACCUUGAGACCUCAGAUUUCGGGAGGUGGGGUGUGGGGGGGGUGUGGUUAUGAGGGGUGGCGUAUAAUUCACCAACUCGAGUAUUUCAUAUAUAUUUCAUAUAUACAGUGUAUAUAUAUAUAUAUAUAUAUAUAUAUAUAUAUGAAAUACUUGACUUUCAGCGAAUUCUAGCUAAAUAUAUUUAUUUUAUUAUAUAUAGAAAUAAAAGAAAUAGUUGAAUUUCUGACGGCACCUAUCAAAUACACAGUAAUAAAAACACAGUUCUACUAACUGUACUGUGCUUGCUGGUUACUAAUAAAAACAACAACACUUACCUUUCACUAUUUGAGUAACGUUUGUUCUGCCAUUUGCGUAUUAGCGAGUGAUCUCCAAAUCCGGUAACAUCCUUCACGGAUUUGUUGUAGACAUCCGCAAAUGAGAACGGGAUGUUGCUUCCAGCUAUCAGCAUAGCCAUCUUUGUCUCAGCAUAAGAUACACCAUCGAGUCUCCAUUUUGCGAGGUGGGCCAUAAUACUGGGUUGUGAACGAUGCUGCGCUGCGGACGCUUUGUGCUUCGCUGACCGUUCAUGGCUGAGUAUAUCCGUUCGGCCGCCGUGUUCAAUGGAGAAGUCUAUUCUACAAAAUUUACGGGCAGCAUACCCCUUCCCCUUCGAACUCUCCUGGAUAAACUGAAAUUCUUGUUUCCAUUCGUUCUGGAACUUACAAGUGUAUUUCUUCAUUUUGCUCGUCGACGGUGUAAUAUAUUGGGUUGGAGGCAAUAACCAGGCGAUGAGAUGAAGUUACGUCUCUUUACUGUGGGCUUCAGAACAGACUCCCUAGUGCAUGUUCCUUGACUGCACUUAAAUGUAGAAUAUAUUUACAUUCUUUUCUAUGUACAGUAGAUGGCAGUAUUGUCCUGUUUAAGAGGGUCACAACAGGUCUAGAGCUGGAGGGGGCGUGGCCAGCUCCGCCUGAAUUUUGGGAGAUUUUCGGGAGAAAAGUUGUCCCGGGAGUUUUUCGGGAGAGGCGCUGAAUUUCGGGAGUCUCCAGGAAAAUCCGGGAGGGUUGGCAAGUAUGGCUUCGGCUCAUUUAUUUAUUGAAAAUACUUCAGAUCUCUGAGACGACCCGAACUAAGACAGCAUUUGUGUGUGCCGAAUAGUUCUCAAACUACAGAAAUCCCCAAAUUAUACAGCAGCAAAGAUCAUCUUAUUAUAUGUUGUUCCCCCAAUGUGGUUCUAUUUAAUGCAAUACAAAUGUAUUUUUAAUGGUUUAUCAUUUUAAAAGUAAUUAUAUCAUACUUAUGUUUUUGUUUAAUGUAAGUCACACGGUACUGUAAACAAUGUAAUGAUAUGUAUUUCCACGUUUAUUACUUGAUGCCAUGAGUUUGUAAGACCAUUUUAAUCACAGCACUGACACUUUUAUUUUUAUUUUUUUUUAACAAUAGUCACAGAGCAAUAGCGGCACCGCGUCAUAUCCAAUUAUUUCAGCAGCUGUAUAUUUUGCAGAUGCUGAUUUUAUUUUGAUAUGUAAAUUAUGCGAAAUAAUAGCGACCGCCCUUGGUUCAUUUGACUCCUGCUGUCAUUUUAAAGGAAAUCAACACUUCAACUAUUGCCGUGUCUAUAUAGCUGAAGGAGUUCACCUUUACAAAAUGUCUUUCAUUUGUUGGAUUUGAAAGUUUUGCGAGACGCUACAUGACUGAAAUCGAUGAAAAUGCUAGGAUCAGAAAUGGUUCGAAUACUUAUAAGUACAGUGGACACUCAACAAGACAGCAGUUAAGACACUUGGAAAUAAUUAAAACUGUGAAAUAUUGCAGACCGAGGAAGUGCACUGUGUGUGCUUCUGUGCUCUACUGAGGACCUACAGUAUGUACACAUGGAGAAAAAAGCCCUCAUACGCUCCUUUGCUGACUGAAAUAUCCAGCUACUGUCUUACAAGUAGGCUAAAAACAAUAAUAACCCCUGUGUUGUACUCAGUGGAUGUGUGUAGAUCGUAUGGAAGUGAUUUGGACUAUUGUAUGUUUUGUGUAUUUGCCUGUCUGCUGUUAAAGUAUUACUAAACUGUAAAA